AUGUUAAAAACUGAGACAAAUUGCUUUCCCAAUAAACCUUGCAAUUUACCGUGCAAAAAGGGUUUCGCUUUACUUAAUGAUGGCAUGCGGUGCGAAUGCGUUCCGCCAAGAUGUUCGUAUGCCCCUUGCAACCUCAAUUGCAAGUAUGGCCAAGUUUACGAUUCCAAUGGAUGUCAAUUGUGUGAAUGCCCACCUCCAUCACCUAAAACCACAACCAAAAAAGCAUGUCCAAAUUCCAAAUGCUCUGAGUCAGUAUGUCCCUUAGGACUUCUAGUGGAUGCUCAAGGUUGUCAUACUUCUAACUGCUGUGUUAACAUACCAUGUAACAUUAAAUGCAUUUAUGGCUUGAUUUACGAUAGCAAGGGAUGCAAACAUUGUCAAUGCAUUCCUAAAGCCGAAGAAUGUCCGUCAAAUAAGCCUUGCAAUAUAAGAUGUCGAGAUGGUCUCAUCUAUAAUAGCGUAGGGUGUCAAUUGUGUCAGUGCAUUCCACCAUUAAACGAAUGCCCAACUAAAAAAUCUUGCAACUUAUUUUGUAAAAAGGGAUUUGUUUUGAAUAAUGAUGAUUGCGAAUGCAAAUGUGUCCCCAAAAAAGAGUGUCCUGAUUUGCCUUGCUUUAAGUUCAUCAAGUGCGCCCAUGGACAAGUAUUGGAUGCGUAUGGUUGUCCUACAUGUACUUGCAAGAAUCUUUAA